UACCAUUUUGAAGUUCAAGCACGGUUCAUUUCACUGAUAUUUCAUAUACCUACCGCACAUUGCAUAUACGUAUAAGUUGUUGCUUGUAAAAGGUGGUACGUACUUGUGAGCGCCUCAUUAACGUUCGCAACCUGUACUUACUUAGGUUGCGCCUGCGCCUCUAUUCGGUAUUGUUAGCCACAAGGAUGGCACGCGUACACUUCACUCGAACGCUCCUUUUAUUUGUGCUUGCGAUUUGUGUAUCUGAUAUUAGCGCACAACGAAAACCCAUAAAAGAGGCUCUAUUCCUCAACAGUGACCUCUUUAACAACGCCACACUUGAGGACUGCGUAUGGAGGCGUGAACGCGAGCCGUGUCCUGAUCCCAACGUGACACUAAACUUAUACACUGAGGCUGAACCGUAUAAAAAACAGGUAGAUCUAUUUAGCGAAGACUGGCUUCGUCAAAGUAGUUGGGAACCAUCACACGAGACGAUCCUGCUGGUGCACGGUUACGCUGGCGGCGAUGACACUCUACCUAUUGUUGUGCUUCGAGAUGCAUACCUUCGUCGUGGCGGCUACAAUGUUUUCAUGCUAGACUGGGGGCAGCUUAGCCAACCGCCAUGUUAUGUGGCAGCAGUUCAUAACCUUCGACCAGUAGCACGAUGUGUGGCGGAAGCUUUAGGAUCGCUGAGGAGAGCUGGCCUAAGACCAGACCGACUUACGUGUGUUGGUCAUUCGCUCGGCGCCCACAUGUGCGGCAUUAUGGCCAAUUAUUUGAAUUUUAGGCUUAAUCGAAUUAUUGGCUUGGACCCAGCCCGCCCUCUCAUCAGGUCCGCGCCCGCUCUGCGCCUGGACCCGGGCGACGCGCGCGCCGUGCACGUCCUCCACACCAAUGCGGGCCGAUACGGCGAAGGAGCCCGUCUUGGACACGCCGACUUCUGCCUUAAUGGCGGACGGAGCCAGCCAUAUUGUGAAGAUACACCGAAUGAAGCACUAUGCAGUCACGUAUGGUCGAUCUGUUACCAAGCAGAAAGCCUGUUCCGGCCUCGCCCCGCGGCGCCGUGCGGCAGGCGCUGCUCCGUGCGCGUGCCGCCAGCGCGGGCCGCGGCCUUGCCUGUUCCUUUGGGGCAACCGACGCCAAUGACCGCAUCAGGAGCCUAUUGUCUGGAGGACUUCACGACUCCGUUCUGCCCGGCGACGACGGGGCUGCUGCAGGGCGACGAGCGCUGUUGCCUCGACAAGCUGUACGCGGCGGCCGCGAGCGCGCCCCCGCCCCCGCGCGCGCGGCCCCGCCCGCCGCCCCGCCUGCGCGCGCGCCACCGCGCGCCUUACGAAGGCAACAACACCUUGGAUAAUUUCAACUUUUAACGUGUCAUUUUAAAUAAUCACUUUAUAUAUAACGUCUCGCGCCUAUGAAUAAAAUACGACAGAAAUUUUAACGAUCAAUGAUCGAUUAUUUCCGAAAGAAAAUAAUUUAGUCAGACUUUUUUUUAAUUGGUCACGUUUCUACCUUUCUGUAGUGAUAUAUAUGAACAAAUAUGUAUAUUCCUGUUACAAAUAUAAUUAGUCUAGUUUUUUCAUAUUACAACUUCUUCAACAUUCAAACUUAAAUGUUUUGCGGUGUCGCAAUUGUAUAGUUGUAGGUAUUAUAUUGAUAAGUGUUUUUGACUAAAAAUUAAGUUAGAAAAUGUACAAUAUUUGUGCUAUAAAUUGUGUUCAGCCAAAGAAUUAUUAUUGUAAAAAUAAAUUAUUUUUUAUAAAUUG